AUGUCCCUCCAAGCCAUUCCCGAACAUCAUCCAGAUCUCCCAUCUGGUCCUGGUAACAGAUACGAUGCCUUGAAGAGGCUGCAAUCCGAUCACAUUUCUCUAUACAAGGGCAAGGCAUAUGAUGAAUUACGGCCAGCGGGUGAUAUCAUUGACAGUGAUGGAACAGUCAACCUAAGACCACUCAGCACAUACCCCGGCGGAGACUUCAAUUUCGAUUUUAAUGCGCAAUGCUGGACCCCCGAAAUUGAAACGGCUGAAGAGUACCGCAAAUUUGCAGAAAGGAGAAGCCCUGCGGCCGAUACCUGCAUUAUUCACAUUCAGGUUCCGCGACCAUUCAUCAACAGCCUCCGAAUGGAGAAUCUAUGGUAUUCUCCCAACCGGAAAGAGUACAUCUGGACCUGCAGGAGACAGGCUACCCCUCACCCGAAAUUCAACCACCUCUGGCGACCUGGGCAAGCUGAUAUUGUCAGGGGCCCCAUCUGUUCUACCCUCAGCACACAGCUAGUCCGCAUCCGCAGAGAAAACAUCCAAAGUCAUAUCACUAAAAACAACGUGAUGCGAUUGCUGUCUGGGAGAAAGGCCACUCAGUGGGUAUUCGUUCAACGCGAUGUGAUUGAUCGGUUAGCAGAACACAUUCGAGGGAAGAUGCAUUUCAUCAUUUUCGAAGCCGCAGUUCGUUUCUCAUGA